AUGAUGGUUACUAGUCGUAUUUUUGUAACAAUGGAUAAGGAAGUUUUUGAAAAUACAUUGGAAGCACUGGAGGUAAAUUUUUUUUGAAUUAUUUUUUUUCAAUGGGGACUUUCCUUUUUUCAGAAACUGAAACAAAAUACUCAAUGUAUUCCUCAUUGGAGUUUUCAUUUUAUAAUAAAUCCAAACGUUCUAGAACUCGAAUCAAUGGAAAGAAAAUUGAAAAAUGUAGUAUCUAAAAUUUAUGGGACUUCUGUCAAAUACAAACGUUGUUUGGAAAGAUGCACAAGGAAUUACGUAUUUUGCGUUGUGGACCAUCAAUACGAUUUUUCAGGAUCAAAUUAUGUUUCUGUCAACGAUAGAGAUCAUCCUCCUACUAUGAAGGAAAUGAUUAUUGCAUGUUUUCUCACAGCUAUAAUGUUGAUUUUCAUUCACUUUUCACGUCAGAUUAUAUAUGAUUCUUGA